GAAGAAAACGGGAGGAAGAGGAGGCGGAGGAGGAGAAAACAAUGCAGGGCGCAGUCUCCAGGCGUUUGAGGCAGAAUGGGUCGCAGCGAGGAGCUCAGUGACUUUCAGCGGGGGACGGUCGUCGGGUGUCACAUGUGCCAGAAGUCCGUCCGGGAGAUUUCCGCUCUGCUGAAGCUGCCGCGCUCCACCGUGAGCGCCGUCAUUCUGAAGUGGAAACGUGGAGGGAUAACCACGGCUCUGCCCCGGAGCGGCCGGCCGCACAAGCUCAAAGAGGAGGACCGUCAAGUGCUGGAGAAAGUGGCGCUGGAGAACCGUUCGCCCUCGGUGGAAGCGCUCACCGCCGAGUUUCAGACCGCCUCCGGGGCCAGCGUGAGCCCCAGGACCGUGCGCCGGGAGCUGCACGAGAUGGGCUUCCGCGGCCGAGUGUCCACGUACAACAAGCACAACGGAGGGGAGAAAGCAGAGAAGAAGCAGGCGGCUGCAAGCCAAGAUGUGGACGUGUCGCGUCUGGACCUGCGUGUUGGACGUAUCAUCACAGCUGUGCAGCUUCCAGAGACUGAAGGUCUAUAUGUGGAGCAGGUGGAUGUGGGAGAGACGUCUCCCAGGACGGUGGUCAGCGAGCUAGCGAAGCACAUACCUCUGGACCAGAUGCAGAACCGCAUGGCAGUCCUCUUGUGUAACCUGAAGCCUGCCAAGACGAGAGGAGUGGUGUCCCAGGCGAUGGUCAUGUGUGCCAGCUCACCAGACAAGGUGGAACUCCUUGAACCACCAAGCGAAGCAGCACCAGGGGACCGAGUUAUUUUCCAGAGCUUCCCAGGUGAACCAGACAAAGAGCUGAACCCCAAAAAGAAGGUGUGGGAGCAGGUUCAGCCAGACCUGCGCACCAACGCCAAGUGUGUCGCGACCUACAAAGGAGCUGCAUUCGAGGUCGCCCGCAAGGGUGUGUGCAAAGCCCAAACCAUGAGCGACAGUGAAAUCAAAUAAACUAAUGGAGCUGCUCAAAAUAGCUCCAGGCAAAUCCCUGCUGCCAGACAGGAACCGAAGGGUUGUGGAGAGCAUUUCCAGAAGAGCGGAGGCCUCUGAAGCAGCAUGUUGGAGUGUUGCAUACUUUUGUCCUGUUGGGGAGGAAAGUGAAGACAGUGAGGAGUAUGUUGCCCUCUGUCGGACGGACAUGGACAUUACUCCACUUUCACUUUUACCUCAAAUUUGAAGUUCUGUAUUUGGCCAAAAGAGGGCACUUCAGUACCCAUGAUGAUGUAUGUAGUGAAACAUGAAAACAUACCACACACAGUGAAUGAUACUCGGCAUGUUGAAAAGAAAAUUGAAAUUCUCAAAGAAUCCCUUUUGGUUGGGAGAUAUUUGACAAAACAUGGAAAUUUCCCAUGACGCCACAGUAGUCAUUUCCACUUAACAGUGGAUGAAACUAAACGGUGCAGAAAUCCCUUUGACAGUAUGAAAAUUAGUUGGAAUGAGAUGGGGAAAUAACUUUAAAACAAUUUAGAUUUACUGCACAAGGUCAGUUCUUUCAGAUCCUUUAGUUUGCUUUAUAUACAGUAUAUUAAUUAAUUAGUGUGUAAAAUGUAAAUUCCAGAUCCUUUUUGUUUAUCUGUACAAAACGGAUAGUUCUGAACCGUGGAUUUGGAUGUAAAUGCAGAUGUGCAAAUAAGAUAUAUCCAUCAUGCUACUGCAGAUUGUGAGUCUGCUCUUCAGCUCAGUUAAACCUUAAAUUUGAUAUGUCCGGCUUCUAACGUGUAUCAGCUUCCUGCAUGAUUCCUAAUAAGCCUAUUUAUCAUUUGAAAGGCAACCUACCCCCCCUCCCACAAAUGUCUUGCUUUUAAAGUAAACUUAUACUAUGGGUUAGUCCAAACCAAUAAAUUGAGAAAAACACUAACAAGCACAGUUAUUAUUCCCUUAUUCGAAAGGAAGAAGUAAAAAAAAAUGCACGUAAAGAAUGGGGAUGUGAUUCAGGAACUAAGAAGUGGAACAAAUCGCCUCAGACGAGAUGUUGCUGGUCGGAACAGUUUCCAUAUAUAAAAAAUAUAUAUGACAAUUUCAUAAACUAUAAGGAAGUUAUAAAACUGCUUUUCCAAUAAGAAACCCCAUACUCAUUUCUCUUGCUAUGUAAAUUCUUAAUGGUAUUUAUCAAUAUAUAUUCCUUCAGCCACACUGUAAAAAAAACAACGUAAAAUGAAGGUCAAAUGACUGGCAGCAACGGCUGCAAAACAAAAAACGUAAAUUAAGGUAAAAUAUCUUAAACCAUACAUUUAUGGACAUUUUCAUUAAAGGUUUUGCAGUGAAACACUGUUAUUUUACAGAUUUCUCCUGUAUUAUUACAAUCAAACACCUUCAAUAAAGGGAUAUCACAAACAA